AUGACUUAUGCAGGACGUGAUAAGUGGCGGAGUCCUGAUGAAAAACACCCCGACAAACUCCCGUGGGAUCUCAGCAAGUUAGAUAGUGUUUUACAGCAGGCCACAGCUGCCAAAGUGAAAAUUGAAAAACAGUUGUGGUGUGCGAGAGUUGUCCUUCGCUGCGUAAAUGAAGUGAAGGCGAAGGGUGGUAGUGUAUUGCCACAGAGCCGACAGCUGGUGUUUACAUUACAGUAUCUUCUCACACAGGCAGAACCAACCACAUCAGGUGCAAAACUACGUCAACAUAUUUUCUCUAUUUAUCUUCGCUUGCUUGGAGAGGAAGAGGGACUGGAUGAACUACUUCUAAUGGAUGUUAACACCGUAAAUGCGCUAGUGUGUGCAUUAUACGACAAGACACAUAAUGAACUGAAUGAAGUGGCUGUAUUGUUGGCAAGACGCAUUUCAGAACUCUCUCAUGUGUGUUCUAUUCUUGUAUUUGAAGAAACUCUUUUUGAGGCGCUUCAAGAUUUAUUAGAAGAUCGUCAAGUCCCUUCAUGUCUCUCGGUACAUGUUCUUUACUUAUUUGUGAACCUUUGUGGUCAUCCUAAACUUCAUUUUAAACUUGCAAGAACUCGUAGAAUUAUGUUUUUCGCUAUGGAUACAUUGUUACAUAUUCUAAACUCAGGGAUAGUUAGAAGAAGUUCAAAAAAACUAUAUCGUCUAAUGCAUACUGGUUCUCCAUCCCAUUCUGUAAUAGAUAAAACAACUCCUCAAAAUCAUAGUAUCCAUACCAAAGUAAGUGAUACUGAUAUUGGAUUUCCUAAAUAUAUUAAACGUGCGUUAGAGAGUAUGUUCAUGGCUUUACCAUGUGCCAUGAUAAUAGCGAAUUUACUUUCAUUUCCAGAGAAUCGGAAAUUAAUGCUCUCUACCUACCCAGACGUUAUUGCUGUACUUGAACUGUGCGAUAUUCAAGAGGUUUCUAUUCAGCUGCGGGAAGUGGCCCAACGUGCAACCAAUUACUUGCAUGAAGAUGAACAUGUACUAGAAGAGGUACUUGUAGAACAUUUUGAAUCUCAUAAAUUAGGUGGUAGUACUGUUGAGGACGGUGAUUGA